AUGCCUUCUUCUGAUCAUUCGCCUUCCAGUUCCGAAUUGGCCACUCCCAGAUCUGCGUCGCCUUCUUCAAUAGCCAGCAGAGCUUCCACAACUCCUGCCAACAAACGCACGUCCUUGUCCAGCCGGCGCAUCUCUGCCCCAUUCAACCCAAUGGCUGGUGUCGAUAUCGAAGCUAUUGAGAACCAGAUGAGGGCUGCUUCCCUCGAUGGUCUCAGCGGGUACGCCCAAGACCAUUAUGGCACCGUCAAGCAGUACCACGAAACACAAUAUAUCCCAGAAAACAGUGCUGCAGGUUAUCAGGUUCUGCGAGAGCCGCUAUGGAACAAAGGUACAUCGUUCGGUCCCGAAGAACGUGUGGCCAAGAACCUUACUGGCCUGAUACCUCAUGUCCUAGAGAACAUAGAAACACAAUGCGCGCGAGCCCUGCGCAUGAUUAAUAGUAGAACAAGCAACAUCGACAAAUACCUGUACCUCUCUUCCCUAAAAGCUAGCAACAUCGAUCUCUUCUACCGCCUCUUGAUCGACAAUGUUGCUCAGCUGAUGCCUCUGGUGUAUACACCCACUAUCGGAGAUGUGUGUCUCCAGUAUUCAACGUUAUACACCAGGCCAGAAGCCUUGUAUAUAUCGAUCAAGCAGCGCAAGUCCAUUACUACAAUUCUCCGCAACUGGCCCUACCCAGAGCCUUCAAUCUGUGUUGUAACGGAUGGCUCUCGAAUCCUAGGUCUCGGUGAUCUUGGUGUUAACGGUGUUGGAAUUCCAAUAGGAAAGUUGGCGCUAUACACCGCCGCAGCCGGGAUCGCCCCUGAAAAGACGCUCCCUAUUGUGCUUGACUGCGGUACAGCCAACGAGGACAACCUCCGCGAUCCCUUGUAUCUUGGUCUGCGUACACCGCGUGUCUCUUCAGAAGUCGCGUUGGAGUUCAUGGAUGAGUUCAUGGCCGCCGCGAAGGAAGUAUACCCCAACAUGCUCGUGCAAUUCGAAGAUUUCGAAACAGAAAAGGCGUUCCUGUACCUGGAGAGAUACAAGAAGGAGAAGUGCUUCAACGACGAUAUCCAAGGGACCGGAGCUGUUGUUCUGGCAGGAUACAUCGGCGCUGUGAACCUCUCGGGGGUCCCUAUUGAAGACCAGAAGCUUGUCUUCAUGGGUGCUGGAUCAGCCGGUGUCGGUGUGGCCAAGCAAGUGAUGGAAUACUACACGCGCCGCGGUCUCUCAGAGCAGCAGGCUCGAGAAAAAUUCUACCUCGUCGACACGAAAGGCCUCGUGACGACUGAUCGCGGGGACCACCUUCCUGAUCACAAGAAGAUCUUCGCACGAAGUGAUAACCACGGUCAUCAAUUCAGUACACUCGAAUCUGUCAUCGAAUAUGUCAAGCCUACUGCUCUGAUCGGUUUGACCGCCACGUUUGGAGUCUUCACUGAGUCAGUAGUACGAGCCUUGAAGAGUUCAGUCGAUGCGGGAGGCCUGGGACGGAGACCUAUCCUGUUUCCUUUGAGCAAUCCCUUGACAAAAGCCGAGUGUACCUUUGAGCAGGCAAUGACAUGGACUGAAGGCUCUGCAAUUUUUGCAUCUGGAUCUCCCUUCUCGCCCAUCACCAUAAAGAACGGUGACCAAUCGACCACCUACUACCCCAACCAAGGAAAUAAUGUAUACAUCUUCCCAGGUCUCGGACUUGGGGCCAUCUUGGCUAAAGUAUCCCGUGUUACCGACAACAUGGUAUACACUUCUGCAGCUGCGCUCGCUGGCUGUCUCACCCCGGAGGAGAUCCGAAUGGGCCUCAUCUACCCCAAGAUCGAGAGAGUAAGGGAUGCGAGCGUCGUCGUUGCUCGAGAGGUCAUGAAGUCCGCGAGGAGGGAAGGUGUGAGCUUGUUGCCGGAAGAGACGUGGGUCGAGUGGGAGGAGUGGGGAGACGUGGCGUUGACUGCCUGGAUCAAGAAACAGAUCUACGACCCCAGGUAG